UAGCUUUGUUCCUAUGUGACCGAGCCGAGUGUUGUUGUGUGAGCUGAGUGUGUGAGCUGCGGCAGCAACGAUGCCUUCAGUUCAGUAUCUGAGAGAGUUCAUCAACGAGCGACUAACUGCUGCUGCUGAACAAAUAUUCUUGGAGUUUGAAAAAACGAUCGUCCAGUACGAGGAAGAGAUCGACCGUCAGCGCAGACUGCUGGAUAUCACCUGGAAACCCCAAAUCAAGCUGCACAGGACAGACGUCCCACAGCAACACGUCUCCUCGGAGGAGGAGGUUCUCCCUGAGCAGCAGCUUUGUAACCAGGAGAGGAGCUCCAGUGUGGAGCAGGAGGAACCAGAACCUCCAAAGAUUAAAGAGGAAGAGGAGGAACUGUGCAGCAGUCAGGAGGGAGAGCAGCUGGGACUGAAGGAGGAGACGGAUACCUUUAUGGUGACUUUUAUUCAUAAGGAAAGUGACCACAGCAAACCAGACCCAGUCAGCUGGGAUCAACUUCUCUCUCACAGCUCUGAUGUAACUGAAAGACAGUCUCAGGAAAGAAGCAAGACUGUAGAUUCAGGAUCAACUAGAAAUAGAAAAAAAAGUCACAAGAAUGCAGAUGAUUCGCCUACAUCAGAGAAUCCCUCUGACACAAGCAAAAGGGCUUUCAAAUGUGAUGUUUGUGGAAAAGCUUUUAAGCAGAAUUAUGAAAUCAAAAGACAUUAUAGAAUCCAUACUGGUGAGAAACCAUAUCCUUGUAAAACAUGCAACAAAAUGUUUGCAUGGAGUGGUGAUUUACUGAAGCACAUGAGAGUUCACACUGGUGAGAAACCAUUUCCUUGUAAAACCUGUUUGAAAAUGUUUGCAAGUACAAGUUCUUUAUCGAGCCACAUGAGAACGCACACGGGAGAGAAGCCAUAUGCUUGUAAAGCAUGUGGGAAAAUGUUUGCAUACAGUAGUGAUGUAAGGAAGCACAUGAGAGUUCACACUGGUGAGAAGCCAUAUCAUUGUAAAGCAUGCGGGAAAAUGUUUGGUUUUAGUUGUUCAUUGUUGCGCCACAUGAAAACUCACACAAGUCAGAAGUCGUACUCUUUCUAGAGAGAAAAUGAUAUCAUGGAAGCCAAGGUCUUCCAGUUUAUUAGAUGUGAGAUUGGUCUAACCUGUUCCAAAACUUUAAGUUUUGUUUGUUUUUGGAAAUGUUUUCCUUUACUUGCUGUAUAUUGGAUAACUGUCAAUCUCUGUGUUGUGUAAUUAAAGUUAGUAUGUUGUGAUAAUGAUAUGAAAUAAUAAUACAGUGGUCCCUCGCUAUGUGGUUCACCUUUCACAGAUUUCUUUUGUGCAAUUUUACAUGCUUUUUUU